ACCUCCCCGCCCCCGACGAGCUCUGCGCAGGCGCGGCAGCCUUGCGACAUCCGUCACUUACGGCCGAAGCGGUUCUUGCUGGGAGUUGGUGGCGCGGUGCGGGUCUCUUAGGAACCGACGGCUCGGGCGUGGACUGGAAUCCGAGUACUGUGACUUGCAGGGUCCGCAAUGGAGCCAGAGCAGAUGCUCGAGGGGCAGACGCAGGUUGCGGAAAAUCCUCAUUCUGAGUACGGUCUCACAGACAACGUGGAGAGGAUAGUAGAAAAUGAGAAGAUUAAUGCAGAAAAGUCAUCAAAACAGAAGGUGGAUCUACAGUCCUUGCCAACUCGUGCCUACCUGGAUCAGACAGUUGUGCCUAUCUUAUUACAGGGACUUGCUGUACUUGCAAAAGAAAGACCACCAAACCCUAUUGAAUUUCUAGCAUCUUAUCUUUUAAAAAACAAGGCACAGUUUGAAGAUCGAAACUGACUUAUUGGGAAGAAAAGAAAAACUUGGUUGCUACUGUAGAUUUACAAUGAUUACGAGGCAGCUUAUAAUUGCCAUGAUUUCCCCCCCUUUUUGGAAGUAUAAGAACCUUCAAAACAACAGAACUUAUUUCCGGAGUUUCAGAAGAGAACCUAUUUCCCUUAUUUUGAUUUAAUCAUCACACUUAUUUAA